GAUGGUCACAAUCGCUUGUCACCCCCCGUGUGCAUGGUUUCGCGAUGGCGAUGGCGAUGGCGAUGGCGAUGAAUUUGUUGCCUCCCGUGUGUGACGCCCAUUACUCCGGUUUAGAUACAUGUUUCUUACAUCCGGAAAAACACUUUCUGACUGCCCUAUUCAUGAAAAAGUAACAAGCAGUUGCCAGUGCAGCAAGUUGUCAUACAUGUCCAAAAGUGUCAUAUAUGUCCUUACGUGUCAUGUCAUGACCCACGUACCACUGCUAGCCACUGUAAAGGGCAAUGGAGGUGACGUCACAGGAUACGGAAGCUUGGUUGUCAUGGUAGCCUGACGACCAGGCGAAAGGCUGGACUGUGACUCUGAUUCCAUCUGUUGUCCUAUCAAUCAUGUUUCAUUAUCAUUGCUGGUGAGUACCUAUGCAUUUUACAACUUCAAAUGCAUUUAAUUAGUGUGUGAGGCAUAUUAUAGGGCGUAAGGAGGGGACGGCGUAGUAUGCUAUUUGUGGGGCGUCUCUAAACCGACUGCCAAAAUAUACUGUACAUAUAAAAUAAACCAAAACCAUGUUGCCUGUGCAGUUAAAGGUUUUAUGAUAGUGACAGUUUGACCCAGGAACGGAUUUUUGUUUUGAAAUACAAACAAAAGGUGUUUUAACACACAGUCCUUGGGUGGCUUUGUGUUAAAAAGCAAGCACACGUUGUCUGUACCUAAUCAAGCCUCUUUUGCCCAUGAUCUCUCCCUCCCUCUCGCUCUGUUCUUCAUUCCCUCACUCUUCUGACCUUACAAGGAGAGGCUAGAAGAGGGUUGAUGUCAUUGAAUGAAGAAUGCUGCAAGAAUCCAGAGAGAAAGGAGAGCAGGGGGGUGUUGGAGGAGGGGUUUGACUGGACAGAAAGAGAGAGAGCGUGAAACGCACAGUGGGAGGAUCUAGCGGCUGGAAAGAGGAAGCUUCACUGAGGGAGAUAGGCGGAGAAGUUACCACUACUAGCCACUCUUAUCAUUACACCGAGAGGAACAACCACAACGAAAUAGAGGGGAGAACCACUUCAUGUGCAUUGCCACGGUAUAAAUAUCAAAGAUGGAGAGCUCCAGCAGUAGCAGCAAGCCGGUCAUGGUGACGUCCUCGCUCAACUUCAAGGUCACCACGCCGUCCUUUUACAACCAGCCAAAGAAAUUUGCCUCGGUGGCACCGCCGCGGCCCAAAAGUCUGACACCUCCCUCCGCUCCGUCGCUGAUGCCUGUGGGCACAGGUGUGAUUGGACGAGUGGGCGAUCUGCCCCCGCCACCCCCCUCACUCUCUGAUGAUUUCCCUCCCCCACCUCCUCCUCCCCCUUCUAUGGAUGUUAUGGAUGACGACUUGCCAGCCCCUCCCCCCGAAUGUCAGAUAACUCCUCCUGCCUCUGACGCCCCCGCUCCGGCCUUCCCAGCUCCACCCCCUGUCGCGGAUGACCUUCCCCCGCCAGCCGCCCUCGGAGAGAACGCCAGUUUGACCAGCUUUGCCUCACCCCCUUCUCCUCCGCCGCCGCCACCUGCACCACCUCUCCCCACCACCGCCACUAGUCUCCCCAGUGUUGUUGGGCACCCACAGAGGGCCAUGGAGAAGCAAACAAGUUUUGAUAAGCAGAUCGACUCUCUGACCGACUUGCUUUCCGAAAUGGAGACGCGGGGCCCCUUCAACCCUAAGUUGCCAAGCCAGUAUUCCACAAUGACAUCACCCAAGCCAGCUGGUCCUCCACCAACAGCACCCAAACCAACUCUGUCAUUCCUCCCUCCUCCUGAGAUGGGAGACCGCCCCCCUCCUGCACCGUGGGCAGAGGAGCUCAAAGCCCGCACCAGCCGACAGGCCAAUCACAACUUGCCACCAGCAGUGGUCCCCAAGUCCCCGUUUGGAGCAAGAACAGCUACUUCGUCAUCGUCGCUGGCCAAAAAACUCAACCAGAACCUAAGCCAGUCUCCCUAUUCAGCCAGUGGAGAGCCAAAACCUCCCCCUGCAUCAGGCACGAGCACUUUCCCCCUGCCUCCAGCUGCUGCCCCUGCACCGCCUGCUCCAUCAAACAACAUGGCCACCACCAAUCACAUUAAGAGUCCUGCAUUUGUCAGUCAGGUGAAUGUCAAUCAAAGCCCGCCUGCUGCCGUGCCACCUACCCAACCUAAGAACAUGGCAUCUCCACCACCGUCCUCCUCCUUCAGUCAGCCAAUGAAAUCUCCUCCUGCAACCAUGCCAUCACGUCCUGGUCCAGUGUUAACCUCAGGUGGAGGUGUCCCCCUCAACAUGAGGGAGGUGGAAGAACUUGAGAGAAUGACCAAGGACUUCAUCAAAAACAUGGACGCUCACCCUCCUGUGGGCCCGUCCCCUCCUACUGAGGUUUGUGGCAAGUGUGGUGAGGCGUUGUCCCGUACUCAGCCAGCAGUGAGGGCCAUGGAUAAACUCUUCCACUCAAACUGCUUCUGUUGCAUGACCUGCCAUCGCCCCCUGCAGGGCAUGCAGUUCUAUGACAGGGAUGGCACGCCACAGUGUGAGGACUGUUACAUGAGUUCCCUUGCUGUGUGUUCUCGAUGCGGGGAGAGGAUUACGGACCGUGUGUUGAAGGCAGUGGGUCAGUGUUUCCAUUCCCAUUGUUUCCGCUGCAUCACCUGCUCCUGCAUACUGGAGGGGGCGCCCUUCAUCACAGACGACAACAACAACCCCUACUGUGUCCAGGACUACCAUAGGCGUUUCUCCCCUCUUUGCGUCAGCUGCAAUGAGCCCAUUAUUCCAGCGCCAGGCAGUGAGGAGACUGUCCGGGUUGUGGCUCUCGACAAGAACUUCCACCUCAAGUGUUACCGCUGCGAAGACUGUGCUCGCCCCCUCUCCAUAGAAGCGGAUGAAAAUGGCUGCUACCCACUGGAUGGUCGCAUCCUGUGUAUGAAGUGCCACUCCAAGCGAGCUAAGCAGGCCGCCCAGUAACAAUCUGUGCCCCCCCGCCCCCUUACAUUUAAUCAUGAACCAAAUUCAAAAGCACAGGUUCCAUUCAGCAUUUGGCCUUCUUGAAACAAACAGGGCUUUUUGUAGCGUUGGCUCACAGGCGUGAAUGUGCUACGUAAAAGCAGUGUGUUUGCAUGCAGCGUUCGCAUCACGUCCCCUCGUCUUUUUGUCUGAUCCACUUUAGUGCAGAGGUAAAGUACUGCACCUUCAACUAAGCCUUGUAGUAUGUUUACGCUAAAAUGCUGCGCAUAUCUUGCACAGACCACUCGCAUCCAAGAGUAGCAACCUGGAAGUGGGAACACUAACUGCUGCUCUCGUGGCCUAUCAGCAUCACAUACAGGACCCUCUUGUUGGUUCACUACCACUUAAGCAGUUGUUGUGCCUGCAGAUAAUAGCAUCAUUUGAUUUUUAGAACAAGAUAAACUUCAUUCAAUAGGAGCAAAGUUAAGCGUUAUACGUAUGCUGUAAGAGCCGAGCAAAGCUUUACCAGCGUAAAUUUUGCUAUUAUGUAGUCACCAGCAUGGCUCUAAACAGGACCUAUUCUGUGAGUAUUGUUGAAAUGUCUUUGUAUUUUUGACUCAAAAGCUCCAGCACAUGAUCUAAGUUGCCGUCUUUCUGAUGCAUCACAUUGGAACCUCUUUUUACAGAAAUAUAACGUAUGGACCUGUCAUAGAGGCACAAGCUUUAAGGCUUUUUAGCUAACCGGUGUUUAAGCACAGUAACCAAAUAUAUAAAAGCUGUGUUCUUGGAAUUUUUUUUUGUAUCAGUUAUACAUUUUUGAGCCCAGUGUUUUUGACCUUAAUCUCAAUCUAAGGUCUCUCCUACAAUUUCUUCCCAUUAUUCACCUUUUCUUCUUCAAUCAGCUCUGUAUGAUUUUAUCUUAUUGUACUGUCUUUGGUUGAUAAUGCCUUCAUUCCUAUCCUGGCAACGUGCCUUCCUAUUGCAUCCCACCCAGUGUGGGUUACAACCAUAGAAAAUCAUUCCUCAGUAGCAACAAUAGUGACUCACCAUUGCAUGUGUGCUGCAUACUGUAGGGUCUGGUGAUGUUUUUCUUUGACUCAAAUAUUAUUCUUCCACGUCAAGAACUUAAAAAUGCCUUUGCCAUACCUGUGACGAUGCCUGUGUUUCUGUUGUUGCAUUGCCUUGUCCUCUUUUGUAUAACUUUUUAUAUAAACUCCUGUUUGAUAUGUGUCAAUGUAUACGUGUUAAAAACAAAACAUUUAGCCCAAGCCUUCUUGAGCUGUAACAAAAACUAAUGAAUAAAAUGCUGCUCGAAA